CAGCUACCGGUGUGGUUAUAUAAUCGUAAUCAAAGCACAUUCUGUCUUCUUAACACUACCACAAAUACAACUGAAAACGCAGAUAUCAUGGAUUCCGGCAAUGGCAAAACUGAUAAGCCUGUUCACGUUGCGAUGCUCCCAUGGCUUGCCAUGGGUCACAUAUACCCAUUUUUUGAGCUGGCCAAGAUUCUUGCUGAAAAGGGUCACCGUGUCACCUUCAUAAACAGCCCCAAGAACAUUGACCGCAUUCCCAAAGCUCCCAAAACCUUACAACCAUUAAUUACAUUGGUGAGGAUACCCUUGCCACCCACACAGCAUCUUCAAGAAGGUGCAGAGAGCAGCAUGGACAUUCCCCACACAAAGGUAUGCUUCCUUAAGAAGGCUUUUGAUGGCCUCCGAGAACCUGUAGCGGACCUCAUCAAAACCUCAAAGCCUGAUUGGAUUCUCUACGACUUUGCAGCCUCUUGGGUUCCCGAAAUAGCGAGGAGCCUCAACAUCCUUUGCGCAUAUUACAACAUCGUCCCAGCCUGGAACAUAUGCUUACUUACUCCACCCAAGAAUCAAAUCAAAUCAAAUCAACAAAGGUGUGGCCCUCCCAAGCGGCUUCAUCUCAGGCCUUACGAGUUGAUGAGGGCAUACGCAGGUGCCAAGGAUGAGGAAACAGGAGAAAGGCUUUCCGUUGAUUUCGACAAGACGUAUUCCAGUUGUGACUUGUUUCUUGUCAGAAGCUCCAGAGAGCUUGAGGGAGAAUGGUUAGAUUAUCUUGCUGCUACCUACAAGGUCCCUGUGGUUCCAGUGGGGUUGCUUCCACCAUCCAUGCAGAUAAGAGAUGUUGAAGAGGAAGAUAAAAACCCUGACUGGCUCACAAUCAAGGACUGGUUGGAUACACAAGAGUCUUCUUCAGUGGUGUACGUUGGAUUUGGGAGCGAGUUGAAGCUGAGUCAGGAAGACCUCAGUGAGUUAGCCAAUGGCAUUGAGCUUUCUGGGUUGCCUUUCUUUUGGGCUCUGAAGAACCUGAAAGAAGGGGUACUCGAGUUGCCGGAAGGGUUUGAGGAGAGAACGAAGGAUCGUGGGAUUGUUUGGAAGAGUUGGGCUCCGCAGCUUAAGAUCUUGGCUCACGGGGCAAUUGGGGGAUGCAUGAGCCAUUGUGGUGCUGGUUCGGUGAUCGAGAAACUUCAUUUUGGGCAUGUGCUUGUGACCCUCCCUUAUUUGCUUGACCAAGCCCUGUUUUCGAGGGUGGUAGAGGAAAAGAAAGUGGGUAUUGAAGUGCCAAGGAGCGAGAAAGAUGGGUCCUUUACUAGGGACUCUGUGGCCAAGACAUUGAGGUUUGCAAUUGUGGAGGAAGAGGGAAUUAGUUUAAGGAAGAACGCAAAGGAGAUGGGCAAGGUUUUCAGUUCGGAAGAACUUCAUAAUCAAUACAUUGAAGGUUUCAUUGCUGCACUUCAUGAGUGUAGGAUUUCUUCCAUCAGUUAAGCCAUGUUUUGCCUUCCAUUUUCAUAAUUUUGUCUUCUACUAUGUUAUUUGUCUCGUGUAAUAAGGAAGGAGUAAAUGAAUCUGUAUCACUCACUCAUGGACUAAGAAAGCUAUUUGUACCCAUGUAUUCCAUCUUCCAUAAUGAUUCAAAAUACUAUUA